AUGUGGGAGAGGCUCACAAAUCACGCCGUCACAGGGGUGGUCUCCUAUCUCGCUAGGUGCCCGCAGGUGCCAUCGUGUCCCGCCUGUCCCGUGUGCUCGUUGGCGUGCGGGUCGCCAGCUCCUUGCCUUGGGUGCUCGCUGCAGUGCCCGGCGAUCCCGCCGUGCGCGGAGGUCGCCCCGGCGGUGUGCCCUUCGCCGCCGCCCUGCCCGACGCCGGCGUGCCCGACGUGUGGGGCGUGCCCCGCGCCAGAGGCCGCGCCCGCGCCCGCGGGGCCGGAGGUGGCGGCGCCUUCGGCGGCGGCCGUGCUGGUGAGCGACGUCGCCAUCGACCUGCGCUCCCUGGCCGCGGGCCUGGUGGGCGGCGCUGUGGGCUUCCUGCUCGCCGCUGCGUGCGUCGGCUUCUGCUGUGUCGUGCUGCGGAAGGCUGACCGCGUGAACUACACGGCGGACAGCGAUCCACACACCGUCGUGUUGGCCAACAAUGCUGAGGUGCAGGCGGCACGUUUCGGUGCCUUCGACCCGUCGCCUCCAGGGAUCGCGGGCGUCCAGGUUCAUCGAUCGAGGGCCGAGCCGACGGAUUCGGAGCUGGCCCAGUGCACUUUGGAGGCGGAGCAGAUCGCCACAGCGGAGUGCUGCACCAGGGCUGCGGCCAUCGGCGACCUUGGCCUGCCCACCAACCUGCGGUCGUUGGUCGGGCCAGGUGACCCUGCUGGGGUGCGAGGGGCAGCCGCCUGCGAGGGUGGAUAUCGGAUUGGCGAUGUGGUGCUUGGGCGCGAGGCCCCUGCAGCUCGAGUCCUGGAUCGGGACAUGCAUGUGCUGCCAGACGGCCAGGGCUUGCUCGUGGAGCUGGGGCCGCCGGCCGCUCCCGAGACCUUCUUGCGUGAAGCUGUUGAUGCGGACACCAGGAUCUUGCCCAUUGUUCGAGAUGGGAGAGGUCGAGGCGGCGUCCCGGGCCACAAGACUGAGGAGAUGACCAGCCAGGAGGAUUUCGGCUCGGACGGGACGCUGCCGUGCCCGAGGACGGCUGCGGGGUGCAUGAGCUACCUGCAGUGGGAGGGGCUCUGCAGCAGCAUAGAGGGCCAUCACGAGCACUUGGCGCAGGUCGGUAGGCUCGCCACCACGGAUUGGGGAGUUCAAGUACACUGCGAGCUGUGUCAGCAUAUCAGAGCGGCCACCAGUCAGGACCUCCUAGAAGGGGCUAACCUCAUCAGCAUUGAGAUGAAGGUUGGGAGGCCUCAGACCUUCGAGUUUGCCCACUGGGACAAGGCCGUAGGCGCCGAGAGCAAAGGCGUCGGUGGCAAGAUGGGUCUGAAGGGGCAGGCCGCUGUCUCGGGGUUUUCACGUUCAACUUCGUCGGUGAUGGUAUCUCCAGGAGUGAUCGAGCAGGUCCACGGUGGCUUCGAGAAGGAGGCGAUGCUACACAAGAGUUUGCGCCUGGGCCGCGAGGAGCGGGAGUCCAUGCGCGAAAAUGAUGUCCGCGUCAUUGGCAGGCGUCGGCCCCGGGACAUCUUGCCGCUGCCCUAUCCCUCGUUCAAAGAGCCGCUGGAUAAGGCUUCCAUCAAGGAGCUCGCCCGAGCAGUCGCCCCUCGGGAGUUACGACCCCGCGCUCCCGAGCCCCUGGGCGCGCGGCUUGCGACGGGCGACGCCUUUGGUAUGCUCGAGAUGGCGGCGGACGACUCGCUCCUGACGGUGGAGGGCGCCGACCUGAAGGACGCCUUCUACCACUUUGAGCUCCCCGAGCAGCUCCGUCCCUGUUUCAGCCUGCGACCUGUGCGCGCGGGCGUCCUGGGCAUCAAGGAGGUCGGCGGGGUCGCUGUCGGAGCCUCCACCAAGCUCUACCCGCGCCUCGGGGUCGUGCCCAUGGGUUGGUCCUGGGCAAUGUGGUGGUGUCAAUCGGUGAUGGAGCGAGUGGCAGAGGCAGCAGGCCGUGGUGAUGACGCACGACUUCGAGAUGGCAGGCCCGCUCCCUUGCUGGACCCAUCGUGUCACCUGGAGUACGUCGACAACUUCGUGGGCAUCGGCUACGACGCGGAGGCGGUUCGGUCCGCCGUGGCCCGUGUCAUGACGGAGCUCAAGCGCCGGGGCUUGGUGGUGACCAGGGGGGAGCACCUCGGUGACAGCGAGGGCGAGUAUGCGGUACUGGGUUGGUCCAUCACUGCGGCGGGGCGUCUCUCGGCUUCUGCUUCGAGAUUGUGGAGGGUGCGGUUAGCGGUGCGUGGUCUUCUGCGCCGUGGUCGUGCCAGUGGUCGUGACCUCGAGCGCGUGCUGGGCCACAUCAUGUUCGUCGCUCUCGUUCGGCGUGAGGGCUUAAGCAUCUUCGAGGCGAGUUUCCGCUUUGUCCAGAAGUGCUACGACCAGCAGGUGCCGCUCUGGUCUCAGGUCAGGCAGGAGCUCAUGGCCUGGGAUGGCGUCGCUCCCUUGCUGUGGCGUGAUCUCCGUGCCCAGUGGUCGUGUUCCGUCGGCUGCGUAGACGCCUCCCCUCGGGGGUUGGGCGCCUGCGAGGCUGAUUGGGAUGUCGGCGCUGUUCGGGAGGUUGGUCGUCAUAGCGAGCGGUGGCGCUAUGGCAGGGCUGAGCGCUUGCCUCCUCGUCGCCGGGCCCUUGCCGCUGAAUGCGCCGCCGACGGGGUCGCAGCCUGUGACCUGGGGAUCGUAGCGGCCCAGCUCGAUCCUGGCUGUCCUGCGGAGGACAGCCAGCCCGUCGGCCCGCCUGUGGAGCGCGACCUGCUCGCCUUUCCCGAGGUCUCAAAGAAAUACCUGGACAAGUCAUUGUGGCGUGUCACGGGACCUGUCAUUCUAAAGGAGGGCCUCUGCAAGACCCCGAAGUACAAGGUCGGCCUGGGCCCCGAAGAGUACGACCCCCCCAGGGGCCCCAUCAAGGUAGGCUACUUCGUGACCUAG